UCCCCAUUUCUCAAUCAAGCAAGCAAAAGAAUCCCCAACUUUCCCAUCGAAUUCCAGAAAGGAAAAAUGUCCGCCGUCAAGUCGAGAAGCUCUUGCUCCUUCCCGAACCUCCUCCUCUCUUGCUUGAACUUCGUCCUCUUCGUCCUCUCCGCCGCGUCCUUCGCUCCCACAAUCCUCCUCCGGACGCCCCCGACCUCGCUCGGCCUCGCCUUCCUCGUGAUCUCCGCCAUGUCGCUCGCCUCCUCCUUCGUGGGCUUCUACUCCCACCUCGCCCGCUUCUGCUUCGUGACCCACGUCUCGAUCCUCCUCGCCGCGCUGUCCGGGCAGGCGCUCGGGGUCCUGGCGCUGUUCACCAAGGAAGCGUCGAGCCUGUCGCUGCUGGGGUCGCGGCGGGACCCGAAGGAGGCCAAGGUCCUGGCGAGGCUGGAGUGCGGGGUCCUGACGGCCAUGCUGCUGAUGGAGCUGGUGGUGCUGGCGCUGACGUGCGCCGUGCACAGCUGCUGGGUGAGGGAGUACCAAGGGCUGGGCGCGGAGCGGGACGCGGUGGAGAAGAAGCGGAGCAUGAGGAUCGCGAGGGUGCAGGAGGAAUCGAUGGCGAACGCGGCGAAGAUUGCCGAGGUCAAGGCCAAAGAGCUGGACGAGAGGAUGAAGAGCAAGUACGGGCAGUGGGUGAAGACCGAUUUCGAAGGCUGAGCUUCCAUCCUCGGCUCGCUGCAGCAGAAGAAGUUCCUCGUGUCGGGCCACUAGUUGGGCGGCCAUCCUUUUUAGUAUAGAGGUGUUGUUCGAUCUGGCCUCUGCCGAUCAUGGAAGAGGUUAAACCUUUCAUUUAGCCUGAGUCGAAUUCGAUUGAAGUGCUGCUCUUUGCUGCAAUGUCUGCUUCAUGAAUCUAUCUAUCGACGAACUUACUUUCUUGUAUGUAUAAAGAACACUCGAACACGGGAGUAUGAUAUGAGCUUCGAAGAUUCGGAAA